AUGAUUCUCCUUAAUCAAAAAUAUUCACUGGCACUUUCAAUUCUUGAGACUAAGAAAUAUGGAAUACCUAGUUCUCUUUUGGCACCAGUGAAAGAUCAGUCUAGUGAAAACAGCCACAAGCAUAGACAUGUACUUGCAAGGCUAGAGACCAGUGAUUGGUGCAUCAAAAAUAGUCCAUUGCCCAAUGAGCAGAACAGGAGCAUUAAGUGGGGAACUCCGAUACUCCAACGCAAUAAGGUUAGGACAAGGGAGCCUGUAGUGGACAUACCCCAACAUUUGCGGUUAAGUGCAAUAAAAGAAGAACUUUUCCCUAUGCACACGAUCCCCAAUGUUACACUACCACCCAUGAUUGUUACGGAACUACGGGAGAAAAUGUCUGUUAUGUUAGAGGAUCACUUAUCCCUAGCAAAACAAGUGCGUAUAGUCUUGAACUCAUUGGAUCCAAAGGAGCGGUACCUACCUACCCUCGCAUCAAGCGGAGACGAGAAUAUCCCUAUGAAACACCAGAUACAUACCGCCGUAUUCAACAUGCCGCGUGUAUAUAAACCCGAUCCUACAAAAAAAAGGUAUAAAAAAUAUAACAUGGAGAUCAUAAAAAAAGCUGUGGAAGAGUAUGCAUCAUCCCGAAAUGUAAAAUUAGAAGAAGUUGCAAAAAAAUAUGGUAUACACAAAUCGGUGUUAUAUCGUCAUUGUACGCGGGAUAUGAAGCAACAUGGAGGCCAAAGAGCUCUAUCCGAUGAAACUGAUAUGUUUCUAAUAGAAAAUAUAAACAAAUGCGCAGAAUGGGGUUAUCCCUUAGAUACUUUGGAUCUCAGGUACAUAGUAAAAAUGUAUCUUGAUAAGAUAGGUAUAAUUCAUAAAAGAUUUAAAGACAAUUUUCCAGGACCAGAUUUUGUACAGAGCUUCCUAUUAAGACACAAAAAUGAGAUUUCCCAAAGAGUUUGUGAAAAUAUCAAGCGUGUGAGAGCUAAGGUAUCUCCAGAUACGAUUAAAGAAUAUUUUACAGAACUUGAGAAGUCUUUAAAUGGUGUACCUGCUUCUAACAUCUUAAAUUACGACGAAACAAAUUUGACGGACGACCCUGGGCGGAAAAAAAUACUAAUCAAACGGGGAUGCAAGUACCCUGAAAGAGUUCUGAACCAUACCAAGGCUUCCGUGUCUAUUAUGAUGGCUGGUACCGCAGAUGGUAAAAUGUUACCACCAUAUGUGGUAUACAAGGCAACUCAUUUAUAUGAUUCUUGGAUCCAACACGGCCCAGAGGGUACUCGAUAUAAUAGGUCGACAUCUGGAUGGUUUGAUGGAACCACUUUUGAGGAUUGGGUACAAAAUAUGGUGGUUCCUUAUUUUAAGAAUUUACCAGGUAGAAAGUGCUUAAUUGGAGACAAUUUGUCUUCACAUUUAUCAGCAGACUUGAUCCAAACAUGUAAAGCGCACAACAUCGAUUUUGUGUUUUUACCAGCCAACUCAACUCACCUGACGCAACCUCUGGACGUGGCAUUUUUCCGUCCAAUGAAGCGAGCCUGGAGGCAAUUAUUAUUAAAAUGGAAAAAGACAGGUGGUCGACAAUUACCCACAAUUCCAAAAGGUUGCUUUCCAAAAUUAUUGAAAUUAUUAAUUGAUGAACUGCAAAUAAAUGCUUCAAAGAAUAUCAUUGCUGGAUUUAAGAAAACAGGAAUUAGCCCUUUAAAUGCAACUGAAAUAUUAGCCAGACUUCCCGGCGAGGACUUAGGUGAAGACCAUGAAAGUGCUGUAGAAGAUUCUGUUCUAACACUCCUCAAAGAAAUGAGAUAUGGUUCAAUGAACAUUGUAGAACCAAAAAGAAAGAGAAAACUCAAUGUACUCCCAGGUAAAAGUGUCGCUCCAGAAGAAAUUGAAGACUAUGCAGAAACUGAUGUUGAUAACAGUAUGGCAAAUCCUAAAAAAACAAAAUACGAUACUAGCAUCAGUGGUCCAUCAGGUUUAAACAAUAAAAAUAAAGGAAAAGCUAAAAAAUCUAUAAUUACAAACAUGAAACUAUUACCAAUUGAAGAAAAAGAAAAUUGCCCUAAUAAAAUAGAACCUUACAAAGGAAAAGGCAAAGGGAUUGGAAAAAAAAAAACGAAAACAUCCUAUUUGGAAACAAAAGAAGAAGUAAUCUUCAAAAAAAAUAUAGAAAACAAUGAGACUAAAGGAAAAGCUAUCGAGGAUAUUACUAAAAAAUCUGAAACAGAAGACAAGGGCAAUAAUGAUAACAAUAAAGAAUGGAAAGAAGUAUACCAUAACAACUCAGAACAAUCAAAAUGCGGAAAUACAAGUCAGAAAGAUUACGAUUACGUUAACGUUACGGCUUACGAAAAUUAUGAUAAUAAUAUGGGAGAGCAGAAUUACAACAGUAUCGCGGACAUGGAAAACUACAAUAGUAACUUACAAGGAUUAGAGUGCAAAGUUUCUAAUGAUAUGGACAUAAACAGUCUGCCCAUUCUCUUUUUUGACAGCUUAUGUGAAGAGGUUACAAUCAGUACUGGAACAACUGCUGAUGAUAAUACUAUUAAGGAGAAUAAAGUAAAAAUAAUAUCAAAUGAACUAGUGAAUGACGGCCAGUACAACAAAAAAUACAAAUUACCAAUUAUAAAGAAGAGCAAGACUGUACUAACGGUAAAAGAUCUCAUUAAAUUGCCAAAGAAAAAACACACACAAAUAAUUACUAUAAUGAUAGUGACGAAAUAUUAA